GGUUGAGCUGGGUAACACGAGGAACGAUCCAGACCCGGUGCCUAUGAGUAUGGUUUGGGGUGGAAGUGCCUGCUUAUAAACAUCUGUAGACUGGACAGUCUACACAUUGUUGCCCCUUUCUUAUGUUCUGCAGAUGAACUCUCAACGAAGGGUAAUCAACUCCCACAAUGUACUCCCCAUCAGUGAUGGCAACCGUGCUUCUCUAUUUUCUCGGCCAUGCUUGCGCCCUCGCAAUCGGCGCGAAACGGACACACUCGUGUCUAGCCCCCAAUGCGCUAUAAAACGCAAGUCUGUACACGGGCCUGGAGGAAGGGAAUCAGGCCAGGCCUGAGUGAAUUAUCCACGUUGGUACUACCGUAACUACUUAACCCCUACUGCGUCUGAGCCGAGCCAUUCACACACAAGUUGAUUCAUAAAGCGACGCAUCAAACUUCAUCAACUUCUGCGCCGGCCGCACGCUGACCAACGGCCGCCAAACCGCAAACGGCUCAUGCAACGGCAUCCCCAUGGGCCGCAUCCCCGCCGCCACCAACAUGAUCUCGUCACGCCUGACCCUGCGAGAUUCGCUUUCUUCAAAGGCGUGGACGAUGCCGGGGACGGCAAGGGCGGGCUCAGAGCCGAAGUCACGGGCGGGUUGCCGGAGGGUGCGUAUCGUGUGUGCACCAUGGUGGCGGCGAGGAAUCACCAGCCGGUUGCCAUGCCCGUGGCGCAGAGGGGUGCGCAGGACGAUUGUAUGAAGUUUGAGGUUGGGGUGUGGAAUGGACAGGGACAGGGUUCAUGAUCUGAGAUGCAGGCAAUGAUGUGGAAAUUUGGGAGUUGACAUAGGUAUAGGAUCUGGAUGUGACAAGUCAU